CUGCUGCAAGUGCAUGCGUGCGCGCACGGUUCCUCGUGUUGCAGACGAGCUGCCAUCAAUGUCAAAAUGCUGGAAGUGGUCUUCUAGCGCCUAAUCAAAAGUGUCCCUUCGCGGAAGAAUGAAUGUUCCUCUCUACGUUGUCCUCCUCGCUCACCUGAUUCGUACCGUCGCCGUGACAGGAUCUAACCAUCGCGCGUCCCCGGAGCAGCAACGGCUGGAGCCUAACGUAUCAGGACGCAGGACGGGGAGACUAUACUGCAGAGUCGGCAUCGGCUUCCACCUUCAGAUCCAUCCUGAUGGCAGAGUAAACGGGAGCCACGUACCCAAUCAGUUGAGUGUGCUGGAGAUCUUUGCCAUCUCUCAAGGCGUGGUGGGGAUCCGAGGCGUUUUCAGCAACCGCUUUCUGGCCAUGAACAAGAGAGGCCGGCUACAUGCCACUGAGACGUUUACAGAUGACUGCAAGUUCCGCGAGCGUUUCCAGGAGAACAGCUACAACACGUACGCCUCGGUGCUGCACGGCGGGCGCCGCUCCGGCCGCCAGUGGUACGUGGCGCUCAACAAGCGCGGCAAGGCCAAGAUGGGCAGCAGCCCGCGGGUCAAGGCGCAGCACGUCUCCACCCACUUCCUGCCCCGCUUCGCGCUCCACGAGCGGGCGGAGCACGGCUUCACCAUCACCGAGGAGGCGGACCAGGGCCAGGGCCAGGGCCAGGGCCAGCAGGAGGCCCGGCGUCGGAAGCCACUCUCAGCACCGGCAGCAGCAGCACGGGCACCACCACGGCCCCAGUCUCCUCCACACAGGGACUCUACUGUCAGAGCCCCAUCAGCCCCAAAGACAUCCAUUGGCACGGGGGGGCAGAAGCCUGUCAAAUACUGGCCCAAGUUCCGGUUAGGGUGA